AUGUAUAGGUUGAAAAAUGGAGGACUCACUGAGAACGAGAUCAGCUCCGAGGACAGAAGACCGAAUCCACCUCAAACAGACCCUCGGAGAGUUGAAGCUUCAGCAAACGGCCAACAAUACUGUCCUGUGAGCUUCCCUGACAUCCACGCAGCGCUGAGAGAGCUGACCGCCACCGUUACAGAGCAGAAAGACAGCAUCAGAGCCUUAGAGACACGACUGAAGGAACAACAGACGUUCAUCCUGGAAGAGCUGAACAAGAAAAAUGAUGAAAUGUCUAAUCUUACUGAGAGUCAAGUGGAGGAGCUGAGAAAGGAGAAUAGAGACAGAGAGAUAGCAUUUUCAGCUGCACUGAUGGACUCUGGCGGUGGACACAUUGGUCCUUUUACCACUGAUAUCACCCUAACCUACAGGAAAGUCUUCACAAACAUAGGGGAGGCCUACAACCCAAUUACAGGUGUUUUCACAGCCCCACUGAAAGGAGCGUACAUGUUCAUCUUCUCUGUCUUUGGUCACAGUAAUCCCUCAAAUCCAUCAGCUGCCUCUAUUAUGAAGAAUGGAGAGAAGGUGGUUAUGGCACAUGGUUAUCAGGAUCAGUAUGAUGUAAACUCCUCGAAAGGAGUGGUGUUGAUCCUGGAGGUGGGAGAUGUUGUCUAUGUGAGACUUUGGUCUGAAAAGUGGAUAUAUGAUGACGAGAAUAACCACAACACUUUUAGUGGUUACCUACUGUUUCCCUUAAGAGAACAGGAGCUUUGCAGAAAGUGAUUCCAGUAAAACUGACUCUUAAUAGUAUGAUUUAGGAUGUAAAACAUGAGGAAUCAUUAACAUAUGAAUCUGUGUUAAUGCUGGUCGACUGUAUGAGAGUCAGUAUAACAGACGGUACUCCUAGGUUCGGAGUUGUAUACAAUCAGUUUCAGACUCAAGACAGACGGGACCCUCAUGAGAAAAUCUAGAUUUAAUAAUUUGUAUUUGUUACUAAUCGCUGACCUGUGUCUUUUCAUCCUACAUUAAUAAGAGAAUCAAGAGACCUUAUUGCUCCAUUUUCUUUUUCUCAUGUUCUCAAAUAUUUUCACUUGUAGGCUAUGUAACAGACCAAAGAAUUAUUACGGAGGCAACUGACGUUAAUGAAAGAAUAUCAUUAUCAGCUAUCAUCGCAAACUACAAUUCCCGUUCAUCAAUAAAGUGAGAACCAGAGCCAUUUUAAAACUAAAUAUACUUGAUUGAAACAAAUAAAUUAAAGUAUAGAGUAGUAAUAAUUGCUAUUAUCGCUAAGUAAAGUUUUAGUCUGUCAACUGCUACCCUACAUAAACCCUACAAGCUUUGAAGUUCAGCUAUUACAACUUGACUGUCUCAACCUAUUGUUUUAGCUCUGAUACAUCCACCACCUCAUCUGAUGAAGGGUCAUAUUGAAAAUUGUCAGAAAAAAAGAGAUUCAAUCACUUCAGUAUCAAUUAUAGGCAAACCAAGAGUCAGUAGUCCCAUCUUGUUCAGAAUGUCUCUUCCUGCUAUCCCUCAUAAAAGUGCCUCUGAUAUAAGACAAGUCAGAGUUUAUUCUUCACGAUUCUGCGAGGCCCUUACUGAACGCUACAAUGAAAUCAGUUCCUCUGUAUGCCUUGAGUCUGUAGCAUCUGAUCUAAAUGUCGAACAACCUUUGGAAUCUUUAAACACGGUAUGGUUGGAGAUAUUAAAUGAUAUUGCAGCUUACAGGUUUCUGAAACCAAAGCGUAAGUCAAAGCCUUGGCUUGAUCAAGAUAUUCGCUCACUGAGGCAAUCAUGUAGGUAUACACGGUUGAUAUAUAAGAACUGUUUAUCUUUAUACCAGAGAGCUGUUAAGAAAGCCAAGUGUCUCUAUUUCUCCAAUCUGAUGGAGAAACAUCACCAC